AUGGGUGCUUCUUCAGUGGCCAGCGACGACUCGAACAACGAUGACGGCUUCAUCGUCGAUAUCGAUGCGAUCCAAGCGCAAGGCAUCGGCGCUGUCGACAUUUCGAAGCUCAAGUCCAACGGAUACUAUACGAUCGCAUCGGUGCAUUCAGCUACUCGUCGCAACCUACUGAAGAUCAAGGGCUUCAGUGAGAUCAAGGUUGACAAAGUCAAGGACGCCAUCGCCAAAUGCCAGCCUUCUGGUGGAGGCUUCCAGACCGCCCAUGAGCUCGGACAUCUACGCAAGCGUGUCAUCAAGAUCUCUACUGGCAGCAAGGCACUCGAUGCAGUCCUCGGAGGUGGCUUCCAGACCAUGAGCAUCAGCGAGGUCUUCGGAGAGUUCCGCUGCGGAAAGACUCAACUAUCACAUACCAUUUCCGUGAUUGCGCAGCUACCGAAGGACAUGGGUGGCGCAGAAGGCAAAGUGGCAUACAUCGAUACCGAAGGUACCUUUCGGCCUGAGAGGAUAGCCCAAAUCGCUGAGCGCUUUGGAGUCGACCCUGAGACUGCCCAAGACAACAUCACCUAUGCCCGCGCUGUCAACUCGGAGCAUCAGAUGGAGCUUCUCAACAAAGUCGCCGAAUUCUUCGUCAGCAACGAGUACCGACUACUCAUCAUCGACAGCAUCAUGGCUCUGUUUCGUGUCGAUUAUACAGGUCGUGGUGAACUCAACGAGCGCCAACAGAAGCUCAACCAGUUCCUCUCCAAGUUGACGCAUGUCGCUGAAGAGUUCAAUGUCGCCGUGCUAUUGACAAACCAAGUUCAGAGCGACCCUGGUGCGAGCGCUCUCUUCGCUGGCGCAGACGGUCGCAAGCCGAUCGGUGGCCAUAUCCUUGCUCACGCGUCUGCUACGAGGAUUCUGCUCCGUAAGGGUCGCGGUGAGGAGCGUGUUGCCAAGAUCCAAGACUCUCCUGACAUGCCGGAGAAGGAGGCGACGUACAUCAUUACCAACGGCGGUAUCAACGAUCCGGAGAAGGUGUGA